UUCGCGGGCGCGCAAUCAAACAUUUAGCGGAGAAGUAUCGAGCAUUUUAUGAGAUUUAACGUGUGUGUAAAUGUGAAUUACAUGCCUCUUUCUCACACUUUAGUGUUCUGAGUCCGCAGUGUGGGUUUCCGCUCGGCUCUUUAGUGACGGAUGCGUGCUGCGCGCCUUGAUCGCGUUAUAAAUGUUGGGCCUCCACGAGGCCGCUCGGUAUCCAGCUGAAAUAUUAUAACUGCUCAUAUUUCUGCUACCACCGGACAGCUCGCUCAACAGAUUUUCAGUUUCUAAGGACUGUUUGUGUGAAGGAUCAAGAUGGCAGGGUUUAAUUUCGGAUCGGGACCCACGAGCGCUGGUGGCGGAUUUUCGUUCGGAGCAGCGGCGAGUAACCCUGCUCCAAGCUCCGGUGGGUUUAACCUGGGUACCCUGGGCACCGCUACCACGACGACCACCUCUUCACUGGGUCUUUUCAGCAAAACCCCCAGCGGCUUCUCCUUCGGCACGCCGGCUGCAGGCACUGCAGCCCCUGCCACAGGCCUUAGUCUGGGUGCCCCGGCUGCAACCACCACCUCCAGCAGCAGCUUCAGCAUGGGCUUUGGCAAGCCGGCCGCAUCGGCCACGCCCUUCUCCCUGACCACCUCCUCUGCCCCGUCUGGGCUCACCCUGGGCUCCGCCCUCACCUCCACCGCGCCACAGACCGGCUCCACCGGCUUCUCCCUCAACCUGGGGGCGGCACCCGCCACCUCCGGCCCCGCCCUCGGCCCCGCGUCCGGCCUGGGCUCCAGCCUCUUCCCCAGCACGGCCAACACCGGUUUGGGGCAGCCCACCCUCGGGGGGCUUGGGUUGGGUUCUUUGGGUUCCGCUGCCACCUCGACUGCCCCCCCAGCCUCCACCAGCGUGGGGCUGGGCGGGAUCGACUUCAGCUCCUCCUCCGAAAAGAAGAGUGACAAGUCCUCAGGGGCCAGGCCAGAGGACAGUAAGGCUCUGAAGGAUGAUAAUCUGCCUCCAAUCAUCUGUCAGGAUGUGGAGAAUUUUCAGAAGUUUGUGAAGGAGCAGAAGCAGGUGCAGGAGGAGAUCAGCAGGAGGUCUUCAAAGGCCAUGCUGAAGGUGCAGGACGAUAUUAAGAGCCUGAAGCAGCUGCUGUCUGUCAGUGCCAGCAGCUUGCAGAGGAACAGCCUGGCCAUCAACAAGCUGAAGAUGGAGACCGCCCAGGAGCUGAAGAAUGCAGACAUUGCAAUACGCACACAGAAGACCCCCCCAGGCCUCCAACAUGAGAACACCGCACCCUCAGAUUAUUUCAGAGCUCUGGUUGGUCAGUUCGAGGUGCAGCUGCAGCAGUACCGCCAGCAGAUUGAGGAACUGGAGAAUCACCUGACCACUCAGGGCAGUGGGCCCAACAUCACCCCGCAAGAUCUCUCCCUGGCCAUGCAGAAACUCUACCAGACGUUUGUGGCUCUGGCUGCACAGCUGCAGUCGGUACACGAGAAUGUGAAGAUCCUGAAGCACCAGUACCUGGGCUACAGGAAGGCCUUCCUGGAGGACUCCACCGACGUGUUCCAGUCCAAGCGCACAGCCAAUCAGAAGUGGCAGAGCGCGCCGCACGUCACCACCGGCCCCACCCCCUUCAGCAGUGUUCCGAACGCAGCGGCUGUUGCCAUGGCUGCGACGCUAACACAGCAGCAACAGCCCGCUCCAGGACCGCAGCCGCCCCUGGGGGCCGGUUUGGGAGCUCCCCUUGCCCCUGGCCUGGGUGCUGGCUUGGGCUCCGGGCUUGGAGCGUUUGGCAGCGGUCCUGCUUUCGGGGGCGGCACCACGGGGGGGGCGUCUUUCGGGUUCGCCUCUGCCAGCAAGCCGUCCGGGGGGAGCCUGAGUGCAGGGUUUGGCAGUUCCAGCACGUCAGGCUUUAACUUCAGUAACCCCGGGAUCAACGCUUCGGCAGGGCUGACGUUCGGGGUGUCCAACGCUCCUGCGGCGGGAUUCGGCACGGGGACACCCCUGCUGCAGCUCAAGAAGCCCCCCGUGGGGAACAAGAGGGGCAAGAGAUAG